AUGGGGAAAAGAGGUGCAGAAUCUCAGGGAGGCAAUAAAAACAAAAAGUACAAGCAGAGUGGAUUCAUAGAUCCUAAUACAUCGGGUGUUUAUGCCACGUGUAAUCGUGGAAGAGAGGCCGGAUGCCGCAAAGAGUUGAUGAACCUACUCUCCACCAAAUGUGAGGAGUGGUAUCCUGAUUGGGAGAAGAGCGUUGGAGAUGAAACGGAACAGGAUGAAAAAGAGUUUUCAGUGGAGGAUCAGAUCAAGCAGGAGUUGGCAUCUUUGAAGAAGGAAAAGUCUGCAAAGACUACACUCUUUCUGCCAAUAGAUUUAGGGUGCGAAUGCUUGGUAUUUAUCAAGAUUAGAAAGCCCGUGGAGCCAGCUGAGUUCAUACGAAGAAUAUGCAAAGAAGCACUGCAACUGAGAGAGAAACAGACAAGAUUCACCCAAAAGCUCACGCCUAUAACCUACUCUGUAUCUGCUUCCAUUGAUGAGCUCAAGAAGCUCGCACACAUGGUGCUUGAACCUCACUUUCAUCAAAAAGAGGGUCAGAAGGCACUUAAAUUUGCAAUCCAAGUUACCAGGCGAAAUUUUAAUACUCUUGAGAAGGACGAUAUCAUCAAGACAAUUGCGACGUGCGUGGGCCACGAAUAUGGCCACAAAGUCGACCUUAAGAAUUACGACAAGCUCAUUUUGGUCGAAUGCUUCAAAAAUAACGUGGGCAUGAGUGUUGUUAGUGAAUACCUCCCCUUGGAGAAGUUCAAUUUGCAGCAAAUUUUCGAGAAGAAUAUGAAGGAGAACGAGGCAUCCAGAGUUAACCCAACGAAGUCAGAGAACAGUAACGGAGAGUCAGAUGAAAAGAAGGCUACUCUUAGUGAUGAGGACGCCAAGGACACAGUCCGAAAGUAA